CCCGGUUUCGGGCCGGGCUUGUGCAAUCAGCAGGUUAGGAUGAGCUGCUGGUUUGGAUGAGAGUGUUUUUGCUGGAGCAAGAAAACAUCAACACCCUGGCAUACUUUUGAAAUACAAGGCUUUUGGCGAUAGAAAGGAAUUAAUUUCAAUUAUUGUUAAACCGCUGGGCAUGAAAUAAUUUAUUGUAACCACGUUAACGUUAGUUAUCACAAGUUCAUGCGGCCCUGCCGAGAGAGGGUUAGUUCAGGUAUCCUUGUUUUGCUGGUGGCCUGUGUUCGGGAUGCUAGUAAAUAGAUACGUGUUUCUACAAAAUAGUACAUAGCUGCGCUGCUAUUUAACUGAAAUAUAUGUUUAUGCGUUUAACCCCCUUUUUGUUUAGUCUGUUUUAAAAAGUUGUCAAUACAGUUUAAAAUCAACGCUCUAUGCAAACUUUUUAAAGAAAAUUAACUUGAGAUUUUUUUUCAACUAUAUUGCCUCAGUCUGGGCAAGUUUAAAAUAGUGCACCAUCUCAGACUAAACACAUUUUGAGCUGGACUUAAACCUGUUUUUAAAGAUAAAUUCAUCACUUAACCGUUUCAUUUGUGAUUUGCCUUAGUUUCAGUAGUGGCUUAGUGCUAGAUGCACAUUCAGUACUUCCUACUCAUAGGUAGCAAAACAAUUGCUAGUUAAACGUCAUUAUACAAACUAGUUUGCGUUAAGCAGUGUUUUAAUCCCCAUCCCGGCUCAGGUCUGACCCAACAGCAUGCCGGUGACCAACAUGGUCGCCUGCGCUGAGUCCGCGCAGCCAUCGCAACCGGAGCCCAAUGAAGAUCCAGUUCAGCACCCGGCUGAAGCGAGAGACAAAGGGGCGUCUGGGGAUAGAGGUGGCGGUGAAAGCCCUGUGGACUCUGAGAUUGUCAAAUCGCCAAGUGAUCCCAAACAUUACAGAUAUAUUAAAUUAGACAACGGCCUGCAAGCUCUCCUGAUCUCAGACUUGAGCAGCACAGACGGGAACCCGUCGGACUCUGAGGAAGAAGAGGGCGACUUGGAGGAAGACGGCAGCGGGGACGAGGAUGCGGCGGAAGAGGACGGUGACUCUGGGGAGGGAACUGAAGAAUCAGAGCACGGAGAGGAUGAGCAGGACAGUGACUUUGAAGAGCUGGAGGAUGAGAGUGAUUUGAAGAAGAAAAAGAGCUGUUCUGAAAAACAGUCCGCAGCUGCCCUCUGUGUUGGAGUCGGAAGUUUCAGUGAUCCAGAUGACCUGCCGGGGCUGGCACAUUUUCUUGAACACAUGGUGUUCAUGGGCAGUGAGAAGUACCCAGCUGAGAAUGGUUUUGAUGCUUUCCUGAAGAAGCACGGCGGUAGCGACAACGCCUCCACAGACUGCGAGAGAACCGUGUUCCAGUUCGACGUGCAGAGGAAACACUUCAGGGAGGCACUGGACAGGUGGGCUCAGUUUUUCAUUUCUCCGCUGAUGAUCAAGGAUGCCAUCGGCAGGGAGGUGGAGGCUGUGGACAGUGAGUACCAGCUUGCCAGACCAUCUGAUAGCCAUAGGAAAGAGAUGCUCUUUGGAAGUCUAGCCAAGCCAGGGCACCCUAUGGGCAAGUUUUGCUGGGGGAACGCACAGACUCUGAAACAUGAGCCAAAGGAGAAAAACAUCGACACCUACGUUCGGCUGAGAGAGUUCUGGGAGCAGCACUACUCUGCCCACUACAUGACCCUGGCUGUGCAGUCUAAAGAGAGUCUGGAUACACUGGAAGAGUGGGUGAGAGAGAUCUUCAGCAAGAUUCCAAAUAAUUCUUUGCCCAAGCCGAACUUUUCUCAUCUAGUUGACCCAUUCGAUACGCCAGCCUUUAACAAACUGUACAGAGUUGUACCUGUCCGGAAGAUUCAUGCCCUCACUAUCACCUGGGCACUCCUUCCCCAGGAACAUCAUUACAGGGUGAAGCCGCUGCACUUCAUCUCCUGGCUGAUUGGUCACGAGGGUACAGGCAGCAUUCUGUCCUUGCUCAGGAAAAAGUGCUGGGCUCUUGCUUUGUACGGAGGGAACAGUGAGACUGGUUUUGAUCAGAACUCCACCUAUUCUAUCUUCGGCAUCUCCAUCACUCUGACUGAUGAAGGCUACCGGAAUUACUACCAGAUUGCUCAUUUAGUGUUCCAGUAUCUGAAAAUGCUUCAGAAGAGUGGCCCCCAGCAGAGAAUCUAUGAUGAAAUUCAGAAGAUUCAGGACAAUGAAUUCCAUUACCAGGAACAGACUGAUCCCAUUGAUUACGUAGAGAAUGUAUGUGAGAAUAUGCAGCUCUUCCGUAAGCCAGAUAUUUUGACUGGAGACCAGCUAAUGUUUGAGUAUAAACCUGAGGUUAUCUCUGCUGUCCUGAACCUGCUCGUACCAGACACAGCCAACCUGCUGCUGCUGUCUCCCAACAACGAGGGCAGCUGCCCACUGAAGGAGAAGUGGUUUGGCACCCAGUACAGUGUGCAAGAUAUAGAGAAGGAGUGGAGUGAGCGGUGGUCUGGAGACUUUGAACUGAACCCUGACCUGCACUUGCCAGCCGAGAACAAGUUUAUUGCCACGGAUUUCAACCUUAAGACAUCCGAUUGUCCAGACACAGAGUAUCCGGUCAGAAUCAUCAACAACGAGAAAGGCUGCUUGUGGUACAAGAAGGACAACAAGUUUAAGAUUCCCAAGGCUUAUGUUAGAUUCAACCUAAUCUCCCCACUGAUCCAGAAAUCUCCAGAAAACCUGGUUUUAUUUGACAUCUUUGUCAAUAUUCUGGCACACAACCUGGCAGAGCCUGCCUAUGAAGCUGAUGUUGCACAGCUGGAGUACAAAUUAGUGGCUGGAGAGCAUGGAUUUGUCAUUAAAGUCAAGGGAUUUAACCAUAAACUACCUCUGUUGUUUAACCUGAUUAUUGACUAUCUGGCCGAUUUUACUGCUUCUCCCGAUGUCUUCUCAAUGAUCGCUGAGCAACUGAAGAAAACUUACUUCAACAUCCUCAUCAAACCAGAUAAACUGGGCAAGGAUGCCCGGCUGCUGAUCCUGGAGCACUCGCGCUGGUCCAUGAUCCAGAAGUACCAGGCCAUCAUGAAGGGCCUCAGCGUGGAGUCGCUCAUGUCCUUCGUCGGCAAGCUCAAGUCUCAGCUGUACGCAGAGGGGAUGGUGCAGGGGAACUUCACCAGCAGAGAAGCAAUGGAGUUCCUGCACUAUGUUAUACAGAAACUGCAGUUCCAGCGCCUGUCUGUAGAGGUCCCUGUUCACUUCAGAGUAGUGGAGUUACCAAAGGUGCCUCACCUGUGCAAAGUGAAGUCUUUGAACAAGGGGGAUGCCAACUCUGAGGUCACUGUUUACUAUCAGUCGGGCCCCAGGAACCUGAGGGAGCACACCUUGAUGGAGCUGCUUGUGAUGCACAUGGAGGAGCCUUGCUUUGACUUCCUGAGAACAAAGGAGACUCUUGGGUAUCAUGUCUACCCCACCUGCAGAAAUACUUCAGGGGUUUUGGGAUUCUCUGUUACCGUGGAAACCCAGGCAACCAAAUUCAACACCGAGGAAGUUGACAAAAAAAUUGAAGAAUUUCUCACCGGCUUCGGAGAGAAGAUGGCGAGCGUUGCAGAUGAAGCAUUCAAAGCACAGGUGGUUGCCCUGAUCAAGCUGAAGGAGUGUGAGGACACUCACCUGGGCGAAGAGGUUGAUAGGAACUGGUAUGAAGUCGUCACCCAGCAGUAUGUGUUUGACCGGCUGAACCGUGAGAUUGAGGCCCUCAAGUUGAUCACAAAGUCUGAGCUGGUGUCCUGCUUCAUGGAGCAUCGCGGGUCUGGCAGCAAGAAGCUGAGCAUGCAUGUGGUUGGUUAUGGAGAGGAGGAGAAGGACACUGCCAGCAGCUCCAGUCCUUCAGACUUGCAGAGCUCCUCUUACGGAGAGGUGUCCCAGCUGACAUUCCUUCCUGUCUCCCCGAUCAUGGCAGAUGUGACCGCAAUCACUGACAUCCGUGCCUUCACCUCCACCCUGCACGUCUACCCCUUCCACAAGAUCCUCAAGUAGAGGGUCAGGAUUAAUCCAGAGGGGUGUUGAAAACGAUAUAUAAUAAACCAGGAGCAGGCUUUGACAUGCUGCAGUGUUUUGACAUUGACAGUUGAUACUACAUUAAAUAAGGGUGCUGUUGAAGUGGGGUGUUUUUUGUUUUGUGGGACUAUUUCAAGUGAAUAAACCUUGGUCAGUAUCUGUGUAAUGCCAGUGCAUGUUCAUUAGACAUGAUAGGCUUGUGCUGAAGUUACCGGGAUUGAACCACCCCACUGAAGCUGCUGAAGAAUCUAAGGUUUUCAACCCCACUUCAAUGCCAACUGUCUCUUCUAAACCAGAAUUAAGGAAAAACCUUUGCUGUGUCAAAUGCUUUGUGCUUCAAUGUAUCAAGGCGUUCAUCAAAGCUGGUUUUAAGGUUCUUAUGCUGGUUGUUAAGGGACCUGUGAGGGUUUUCCUUGCUGCUGUGAUCAUGUAUGCCCAUGUAUGCAGACGCUGGUAAUUGGAUUGAGAUAUUUUCAGAUUCAAAACGCAAGGACUUUUAAGGACCGUCACCACUUAAUUUUUAAUCAAUAAAACAAUCCUAGUUAACUCCA